AAACGAGGAAAGUAGAGAGAAACGUUUAGAUUACUUUUCGAGAAAUCGACGCGGAAAGAGCUUCUUCUUCUUCUUCCAUCUCUCCGAUUCGCAAAGAAGGAAUGUCGAGUCUAUACAGAGGUGUUUCAAGGAAAGAGAAACCCAGACGUCAUCAUGGGUUGAAUCAGCAGAAGAGGCAAGAGAUCAAGGAAGCUUUUGAUCUCUUUGACACUGAUGGCUCUGGUACCAUCGAUGCUAAAGAGCUUAAUGUUGCUAUGAGGGCGCUUGGUUUCGAGAUGACGGAAGAGCAAAUCGAGAAAAUGAUAGCAGAUGUGGACAAGGAUGGAAGUGGAGCCAUAGAUUACGAUGAGUUUUACCAUAUGAUGACUGCUAAAAUUGGUGAACGUGACACCAAAGAAGAGCUCACCAAGGCUUUCAAGAUCAUUGAUCUUGACAAUAAUGGGAAGAUAUCUGCUGAUGAUAUCAAACGCAUGGCAAAGGACUUGGGUGAAAACUUCACUGAUGCUGAGAUACGUGAAAUGGUGGAAGAAGCUGACCGUGACCGUGAUGGUGAAGUUAAUAUGGAAGAGUUCAUGAGGAUGAUGAAGAGAACUGCUGCUUAUGAGUACUAAAAUAUAGUUGUUGUUGUAUUGGUACUGAUGAGGUCUCUGUUAUAAAUACUUCCUUUUAACCGUGGCAUUACUAUAUGUCUUUACUGAAGAUACAUGUUUCCGUUUUUUUUAUCUAUUUUAUGAGACAAGUUUGGUCUUUUGUGUUGGUAUGUUGUAUCAAAAGACUUCGGAUUAGUUUGCAAAAGUUUCUUAAA